AUGUCGCCGGCGGCCGCAUCCUCCAAGUCUUCCGACACGGAGCAGCUGAGCUCGACAAGCCAGUUUCUGCGGCUGCACAGGAACGCAUUCCGGCUCAUUCGGAGGUCAGGAGACACGUACGAGGUCCCCUAUGAGGCCCUAGAAGUGCACGAAGAGAUUGGCCGAGGCGCCUUUAGCGUCGUGCACAGGGCCCACGUAUGGUUGGGAAAAGUGCGGGAGACGGUCGCCGUCAAGAUGCUCAAAGACAAUCCGACGACCGAGGAGAGAAGGAACCUCCAGCGAGAAAUCGAGCUGCUCAAGCUGGUGGGCAAGCACGCCAACGUGGUCAACAUGCGAGCUUACUGCACGAUCGGGUCCCGGCUAGCACUGGUCGUUGAGUACUGCCCACUGGGUGACCUCAGGACGUACCUCAUCAAGAUCAAGCCUUGCGAAAAGUCCUCGAGCAGCGGUGAUCCAGGACAUCUGGACGUGUCGACAUCGAGCACCGAUUCUGGCAUUCAAGAAGAUAUUGGGGACGCGCCACCACUGAUGAUUCUCCUGUCGCUAGCGCGGCAAGUAGCCCAAGGAAUGGAGUUCCUAUCCUCGAAGCGCGUGGUGCAUCGUGACCUGGCUGCCCGCAACGUUUUGCUGGUCAGCGAGCAUCACGCCAAGAUCGCUGACCUGGGCUUGUCCAGGGACACGUACGAGGAAGGCGUGUACCGCAAGCAAGGAACGGGUCUCCUGCCAGCCCGCUGGAUGGCGCUCGAGUCGCUCUCUCACAUGACCUACACCACCAUGAGCGACGUGUGGUCCUUCGGCGUGCUACUGUGGGAAGUGGCUAGUCUUGGUGCCGCGCCUUACGCCGGCGUUGCUAACCAUCAGCUGCUGGACUUCCUGACGGCAGGACACCGCUUGACGAAGCCGGUCAACUGUCCACAAGAAACGUACGACCUGAUGACUUCGUGCUGGAACGCCAGCCCCAUUUGCAGGCCCACAUUUUCAGCGAUCGUGAGCAGACUCGAUGGGAUCCUGGAGCAGUCGCAGGAAUAUUUUAGUUUCACUUCGGAAUCUCAAUAGCGUGGCGGUUCCCGUCACUUAUUGCACUACUGUUCGUCUGACGGUUCGCAAGUUCUGGUGAAGGGAAGCAGGCCUUCUGCCCACUCAAGGACUUCGACUUCAAUAUAAUACGAAAGUGUCUGAACCAUUACUGACAACUUCGCGAGAACUAUAUAAUUCUCGUUUCGACUGUUUUGCCAAGAUGUAACUUUUUGUUAUACUACAUAGUCAAACUUUUUAUUGUUUUCUGGCAUAUGGUGAUUUUCGUUCUGGGCCUUAGAAAAGUGCAAGUGUUGAAUGGUGCGUAGUUCAAAGAUUAUGAAAAAAUAUAUCGUUUUCGUUAUUGCUCAGGUAUACAGAUAGUAAGUCAGAUGUGCCUGCGCGAGAGUGAUUACAGCCCGAAAUAUAUUUAUAGUUGCGGUUGCAUCGCGAAGCUGUGUCCGGAAGCUUUCGCAUUGAAAUGCCGUGAAUAACGGGCAGGUGGGCUGCCAUUUCUGGUCACGCAAUAGCUGAGCUUGCAGAUUAGUUUUGAACGUCGCGGUGUUGAAUCCCGGACGCAUUUCGAUGCUGGAAGCCCACGUAGUUACAUUUUGGUGAGAGGUGAUAUUUCCAGAAUUUCUGGGGGGUCUCCCACUAAAUUGCAUCUCAUACUUAUAUCAGGUGUUUUGCUAUGCUAACCCCAACAAGUGCUAUUAUUAGACGGUAUGCGUUUCAUUGAAAUAGUCCGCGGGUCGGAUAGAAUGCAUUUUCGUUGCCAUUCUUGCGAAGCCGAAGAAAAAGGAAUGGAGAGGUGAAAUAUCACGAAGCUUGUACUGUACGCAAAGUUGCAUAGGUAACUCGUUUGAGUGAGUGAAGUAAAGUAUUCGUGUCAUUCAACUAGGUUUUGUUUUUUGUUGAAAGCUUUAUAUCGUCAUGCAUUUGUCGGGAGGGGUAAUUUGUAGCGUAAUCAUCAUCAUCGCCGUUCGUCAUCAUCGAUAUUUCGUAGCCACAGCUCGUGUCUCUCGCACAGUAAGAGAACGAGUUCACGCUCCUGGCUUGACGGACGCUGGAAGCCGCCACCGCUCCGCUUCAGGCCCGACGAAUAAAGUGUAGAGUUUGGCCCGGCCCUGUCGGCCGCCUUC